CGGGACAGUCCAAAGUGUAGAAGCUAUCGAAAUGAAGUCUUACGUGGCCGUUUUGGUAUCUAUUUUGUUCAGCGUCUUCCACGUGGAAGCAACGGCUACACUCCAUAAUAACUCGUUUGAUGCUAUCAGAGGCUGCCGGCAGUACGAUAAUGUACAGGAUUACGAUGGGCCUGUCCAAUAUUUGCCCGUUUCUAGCCUCCGUAACGUGGGCAUCAAAAGUAACUCGAUUUCCUUCAAAGUCGGUAUCGUGGGACCCAACGAUGGGAUCAUACGGUACGGUCCUUCGCAGUAUCCAUUCGAACGGGAUGUUAUUGAAAUUGUAAUAUCGGGAUGGGCCAACACGAAAAGCGUUGGCAGACGGCAGCGCAGGAACACGGCAAACAAGGCAAAUACGGUGCAGCUGGGUGAGGUACUUACUCGAGGACUUUUGUCCCAGUUCCGGCCCACCAUGAUCACAGUGGAGGUGUUUGCGAACGGGCUGGUGCGUGUCUCGAAGGACAACGAAAAGGAAGCAUUCCUUCAGUUUGGAGAUGAUCACCAUGUAGCACCCCUGUUCUUGGGAUUCACCAGAUGGGAUCGCGAUUUGAUUGUCUUCUACGACUGCCCGCUGUAGAGACCGGUAUCAGUUUAUUCGGAUUGUAGGCGAUCCAAUGCUUGUGAGUUUCCUGUAAAACUAUCUUGGUGAUUUAAUAAAGUAUUUUACU